UGCAGGCCUGGCGCCAAUAUGAAGGUGCCGUCGCCCUGGGCCCUUGCGCUCCCGCUGCUGCUCCCCUGGGUGGCAGGUGGAUUAGAGAACGCGGCCAGUCCAAGGGGUCACGGGUUGUCGGCACUCCAGCCUGGGCUCUGUCGCUAUGGAACCAAACUGGCCUGCUGCUACGGCUGGAGAAGGGGCAGCAAGGGAGUCUGUGAAGCUACAUGUGAACCUGGCUGCAAGUUCGGUGAGUGUGUGGGACCAAACAAAUGUAGAUGCUUCCCAGGAUACACCGGGAAAACCUGCAGUCAAGAUGUGAAUGAGUGUGGAGAGAAACCCCGGCCAUGCCAACACAGAUGUGUGAACACACAUGGAAGCUACAAGUGCUUUUGCCUCAGUGGCCACAUGCUCAUGCCGGAUGCCACAUGUGCCAACUCUAGGACGUGUGCCAUGACAUACUGCCAGUACAGCUGUGAAGACACGGAGGAAGGGCCACGGUGUCUGUGUCCGUCCUCGGGACUCCACCUGGCCCCAAAUGGAAGAGUUUGCAUCGAUAUCGAUGAAUGUGCCUCUGGCGAAGCCUUCUGCCCCUACAAUCGGAGAUGUGUGAACACAUUUGGAAGCUACUACUGCAAAUGUCAUGUUGGUUUCGAACUGAAAUAUGUCAAUGGCCGGUAUGACUGUGUAGAUAUAAAUGAAUGUGCUGUGAAUACCCAUACAUGCAGCCUCUACGCCAAUUGCCUCAAUACCCAAGGAUCCUUCAAGUGCAAGUGCAAGCAGGGAUAUAAAGGCAGUGGACUUCAGUGUUCCGUUAUCCCUGAAAAGUCUGUGAAGGAAGUCCUCAGAGCACCUGGUACCAUCAAAGACAGAAUCAAGAAGUUGCUUGCUCACAAAAACAGCAUGAAAAAGAAGGUGAAAAUAAAAACCACCAUCGUAGAACCUGCUGCGACUCCUGCCCCGAAGGGUAACUUGUGGCCCUUUGACUCUGAAGAGAGUGGUUCCAGAGAUGGGAACCCAAAUGGAGGGGAAAAGGGGAAUGAGGAGAGAAAGAGAGAGGGGCUGGAGGAAGAGAAAAGAGAUGAGACAGCCCUGAAGAACCACGUAGAGCAGGAACGAAGCCUUCGAGGAGAUGUGUUUUAUCACUUUUGAACCAGAACGUGGCAAGGGCAAAACCGAAGAAAUUGCUGUAGAUGGUGUCAUGCUGGUGUCAGGCUAAUGUCCUGGUGGCCUUUUUAUCAGUGGAUGCUGGAAUGUUACUGUUGUCUUUUAUAUCCUUAUAUUUGACUUUAAAUGUCAGUUCUCUGUUUUUUUUAUAUAUAUUAUGUCACAGAUGCCCCUCCAUUUAAAAAAUACGAACUGAAAAAUUGUAAUAUACCAAUAGAAACAUUAUUGUAAGCU